AUGUUCAGUGGUGUUUCUAUAUGGCACCGCAACAUACAGCGGCUCGCGUCGCUGCCUGCUAGCUUCACUCGCUUCUUCAGCGUUUCUUCCAGGUUUUACAAUGCGCAGCCUGUCUAUCAAGGUGGUGAGUUCUUGAAGACCUUACCCCAUUUCAAACCGCAAUUGGUGGAUGUCAGCAAGGUUUUGGUUAUUGGAUCCGGUGGUUUGUCGAUCGGUCAAGCUGGUGAAUUUGACUACUCCGGCUCCCAGGCCAUCAAGGCCUUGAAGGAAGCCAACAAGCAGUCUGUCUUGAUCAACCCCAAUAUCGCUACCAACCAGACAUCCCAUGCUUUGGCUGACGAAAUCUACUAUCUUCCUGUUACUGCUGAGUACAUUACUUACAUUAUCGAACGUGAGCAACCUGACGGUAUCUUGUUGACCUUUGGUGGCCAGACUGGUCUCAAUGUUGGUGUCCAAUUGGACAAGAUGGGUGUUUUUGAGCGUUAUGGCGUCAAGGUCUUGGGUACACCAAUUAAGACUUUGGAGACGUCUGAGGACCGUGAUCUUUUCGCCCAGGCUUUGAAGGAAAUUGACAUUCCAAUCGCCGAGUCCAUUGCAGUUGAGUCUGUGGACGAUGCCUUGCACGCUGCUAAGAAUAUCGGAUAUCCUAUUAUUGUUCGUUCUGCCUACUCCUUGGGUGGUUUGGGUUCUGGUUUUGCUGCCAACGAGCAGGAACUUCGUGACCUUUCCUCCAGAUCCUUAUCUUUGGCUCCUCAGAUUCUUGUGGAGAAGUCCUUGAAGGGCUGGAAGGAAGUUGAAUACGAGGUUGUCAGAGACAGAGAAGGAAACUGUAUUACCGUGUGUAACAUGGAGAAUUUCGACCCCUUGGGUAUCCACACCGGUGACUCCAUUGUGGUGGCUCCAUCCCAGACUCUUUCAGACACCGAGUACCACAUGUUGAGAUCUGCUGCUAUCAAGAUCAUCCGUCACUUGGGUGUGGUUGGUGAAUGUAACGUUCAGUAUGCUUUGCAGCCUGACGGGUUGGACUACAGAGUCAUUGAGGUGAAUGCCCGUUUGUCUCGUUCUUCUGCUUUGGCCUCGAAGGCUACUGGUUACCCAUUGGCUUACACUGCUGCCAAGAUUGCCUUGGGCCACACCUUGCCAGAAUUACCAAAUCCUGUUACCAAGACCACCACUGCCAAUUUCGAGCCUUCGUUGGACUACAUCGUCACCAAGAUUCCUCGCUGGGACUUGUCCAAGUUCCAGCACGUCAAGAGAGACAUUGGAUCUGCCAUGAAGUCUGUUGGUGAGGUUAUGGCUAUUGGUCGUACUUUUGAGGAGUCUUUCCAGAAAGCCAUUCGUCAAAUUGACCCAUCCUACAUUGGUCUCCAGGGCGACCAUUUCGAGAACUUGGACGACGCUUUGGCCAACCCUACAGACAGAAGAUGGUUGGCUGUUGGCCAGGCUUUGCUUCAUGAGAACUACACCGUUGACCAGGUUCACGAUCUUUCAAAAAUUGACAAGUGGUUCCUCUACAAGAUCAUGAACAUCGUCAGGAUGUACCGUGAGUUGGAGGCAGUGGGAGACUUGGGCCGUGUGAACCACGACUUGAUGCAAAGAGCCAAGAAACUUGGAUUUUCCGAUAAGCAGAUCUCUCUCUGUUUGAAUGCUACUGAACUCGAGGUCAGAGGCGUCAGAAAGCUGUUUGGUAUUGUGCCUUUUGUCAAGAAGAUCGACACCUUGGCUGCCGAGUUCCCUGCCAACACUAACUACCUUUACACUACCUACAACGCCACUUCCUCCGAUAUCGACUUCAAGGACAACGGUACCUUGGUGUUGGGAUCUGGUGUCUACAGAAUCGGUUCUUCUGUUGAAUUCGACUGGUGUGCUGUUGCAACCGCCAGAGCUCUCAGAGAGCUGGGCCACAAGACCGUCAUGAUCAACUACAACCCUGAAACCGUUUCCACAGACUUUGACGAGGUCGACAGGCUUUACUUUGAGGAGCUCUCUUUGGAGCGUGUUUUGGACAUUUACGAGUUGGAAACCGCCCUGGGCGUUGUGGUCAGUGUGGGUGGUCAAUUGCCUCAGAACAUUGCCUUGACUUUGCAACACGAAGGCUGCAAUGUUUUGGGAACCAACCCCGAGGAUAUCGACAAGGCCGAAGACAGACACAAGUUCUCGCAGAUUUUGGACUCCAUCGGAGAGCUUACUUCGAUUGAAGAAGCUGAAAAAUUCGCCGAAGAGGUCGGAUACCCUGUUCUCGUGAGACCCUCUUACGUUUUGUCUGGUGCUGCCAUGUCGGUGAUCAACUCCAAGAGCGAGUUGGAUGCCAAGUUGGGCAACGCUUCCAAGGUGUCCAGAGACCACCCCGUUGUUAUUUCCAAAUUCGUCCAGGGAGCCCAGGAAAUCGAUAUUGACGGUGUGGCCCACGAAGGUAAAGUUUUGGUGCAUGCUGUUUCUGAGCACGUUGAGAAUGCUGGUGUUCAUUCCGGUGAUGCUACCUUGGUUCUUCCUCCACAGAGUCUUUCUCCAGUUGUUCUCCAGCGUCUCAAGACCAUUGCUGACAAGGUGGCAGAGGCGUGGAAGAUCACCGGUCCUUUCAACAUGCAAAUCAUCUACGACACCAAGGACGGAUCUUUGAAUGACGAGGACUCCCACCUUAAGGUCAUUGAGUGCAACAUCCGUGCUUCCAGAUCGUUCCCAUUUGUUUCGAAGGUUUUGGGCACCAACUUCAUCGAAGUGGCUUCCAAGGCUCUUUUGAACGAAAACGUCCCUGCUCCAGUGGACCUCAUGGCUGAAAAAUACGACAGAGUCGCUACCAAGGUUCCCCAGUUUUCUUACACCAGAUUGGCCGGUGCCGAUCCAUUUUUGGGUGUCGAGAUGGCCUCUACCGGAGAAAUUGCCUGCUUUGGCCAUGAUCUUAUUGAGGCCUACUGGACCUCGAUUCAGUCCACCAUGAACUUCAAGGUUCCUUUCCCAGGAAGCGGUAUUUUGUUCGGUGGUGAUUUGACCAACGACAAAUUGGGCAAGGUUGCCCAGACCGUCUCUGGCUUGGGCUACAACUUCUACUCUGCUUCCCACGAUGUGGCCCAGUAUUUGGCCCAAUAUGUCCGGGAACCAGUUGAGGUGAUUGACUUCCCAAAGACAGACAAAAGAGCAUUGAGAGAGAUCUUUUCCGAUAAGCAGAUCAGCGCUGUGUUCAACUUGGCCCGUGCCCGUGCCGAGGACUUGUUGGACCAGGACUACGUGAUGAGAAGAAACGCCAUUGACUUUGCCAUUCCGUUGUUUAACGAGCCCAACACGUCGUUGUUGUUUGCUCAGUGCUUGAAGGCAAAGAUCGCCGACAAGUCCAAGUUCGAGACGGUGCCAAAGGCCGUGGAGAUCCCUCAGGAGGUCAAGAGAUGGAGCGAGUUCCUUGGAGGAAAGCCCGUGUAA